GUUAACAACUCAUGCAUGUACAUCAAUAAUCACCCAAAAUUUUCAGCACCUUCAUAAAUAACAGGGCCCAAAACUUGUCCAUUCAAUGUUUCUACACAUACUUAGAAAUUUUCACAAAAUGCCAAUUCACAUUCACAACAACUAAGCACGACACAAUGAAGUUACUUUCCUCAAAAGAACUUCUGGGUCCAUCUUUUCUGCUCUUGCUGUUGUUCUUCUCCCCUUCGUGCCACUCACUCGACAGCAUUAUAACCUCAAACCGACCCAUCAAAGACGGCGACGUUUUGGUCUCCGACGACAGAGGAACCUUCGUGCUCGGUUUCUUCAGCCCGCGAGAUGAUUCAAGAAGCCGGUAUGUUGGGAUAUGGUACAACAAAAUCUCAGAACAAACCGUUGUGUGGGUCGCAAACAGAGACACUCCCCUGAAGAACAACGACACUUCUGGUGUUCUCUCCGUCCAAAAUGGAAACCUCGUACUCCACGCCGCCACCAUCAAGAACAGAAACGUGAACCCGGUUUGGUCAACCAAUGUUUCCACCUCAUUUAACGCUUCUUCAGCUAAGCUUCUAGACACAGGGAACUUGGUUUUGUUCAAUGGAAACGGUAAUGUUUUAUGGCAGAGUUUUGAUUACCCUGGUAACACUCUGCUUCCGUUCAUGAAACUCGGGCUGAACCGUACAACCGGUCUGAACCGGUUCUUGAGAUCGUGGAAGUCUCCGGCCGACCCGGGAUCCGGAAACGUGACAUAUAAAAUCGACCCGGCGGGGUCCCCACAAUUGUACCUGAAUAAGAACGGGAUCCCUAUAUGGCGGGUCGGGUCGUGGACGGGUUUGAGAUGGAGUGGGGUACCGGAGAUGACACCGAGCUUCAUCUUCACCGUUGAAUUCAUCGAUGACAAAGAUGAGGUAACGAUAAUGUACGGAGUGAAGGACCCCACGGUGCUGACGAGGAUGGUGUUGGAAGAAACUGGCCACGUGCGGAGGCUGACGUGGCAGGCGCACGAGAACAGGUGGUUCCAAAUUUGGUUUGGGCCGAAGGAGGAGUGCGACGGGUUCAGGCAGUGCGGGGCGAACGCGAACUGCGACCCGUACAAUGCAGAGCGGUUUGAGUGUGAGUGUUUGCCCGGGUUCGAACCCAGGUUCCCGCGUGAAUGGUACCUCAGAGAUGGGUCGGGUGGGUGCGUGAGGAAGGGGAACGUGUCAACGUGCCGGAGCGGGGAGGGGUUUGUGAAGGUGGAGCGUGUGAAGGUUCCGGACACUUCGAAGGCGCGUGUGGAGGAGGGGAUGAGGUUGAGAGAGUGCAAAGAGAAGUGUUUAGGGGAUUGUUCGUGUGCGGCAUACACGACUGCGAAUGAGAGCUCACAGAGUGGGUGCCUUACUUGGCAUGGAGGUAUGGAGGACACGAGGACGUAUACGAAUGGGGGAGAGGAUUUGUAUGUUCGUGUGGAUGCACUUGAAUUAGCUAGAUAUGCAAAAAAGCCGUAUGGUGCUCUUGGCAAGAAGUGGAUGAUUGCAGUUUUAGCUGUUGCAAUUUCCUUGUUAUUAUUUUUGGGCACAUUAGUGUAUUGGUUUGUAAAGGCCAGGAAACAAGGGAGAAAAAGAAACCGCAAGUUUUCGUUUCGUCUUAGCUUUGAGGACUCUCCCAAUCACCAAGAAUUUGACACUACACAAAAUACAGAUUUACCAUUCUUUGAUCUUAGCACCAUAGCUGCAGCAACAGACAAUUUCUCUAACAAGCUUGGUCAAGGUGGUUUUGGUGCUGUUUACAAGGGUGUACUGAGUAAUGGAAAGGAAAUAGCAGUGAAGAGACUGGCAAAGAAUUCUGGACAAGGCAUAGAAGAGUUUAAAAAUGAGGUUGUUUUGAUUUCAAAGCUCCAACACAGAAAUCUUGUGAGGAUCUUAGGUUGCUCCAUUGAAGGAGAGGAGAAGAUGUUGAUCUAUGAGUAUUUGCCUAACAAAAGCUUGGAUUUUUUCAUUUUUGAUGAAGCUAAAAGGUCACUGCUAGACUGGGAAAAAAGAUUUGACAUCAUCUGUGGGGUUGCUAGAGGGAUCUUGUACCUUCAUCAAGAUUCACGAUUAAGAAUCAUUCAUAGAGACCUGAAGGCCAGCAAUGUCUUGCUGGACUCUGCAUUGGACCCCAAAAUUGCAGAUUUUGGCAUGGCUAGAAUAUUUGGUGGAGAUCAAAUUGAAGCAAACACAAAUCGUGUUGUUGGAACCUAUGGCUACAUGUCACCAGAAUAUGCCAUGGAAGGACAAUUUUCAAUCAAGUCAGAUGUAUACAGCUUUGGAGUCUUACUUCUAGAGAUUGUUACAGGAAGAAAGAACAGUGGUCAAUAUGAAGAUAUUACAACCACAAAUUUAGUUGGACAUAUAUGGGAUCUAUGGAGAGAAGGAAGAGCCUUGGAGAUUGUUGAUCCAUCAUUGGGAGAGUCAUGCUCUGACCAUUUAGUCCUAAGAUGCAUCCAAAUUGGGCUGUUAUGUGUGCAGGAUCAUGCUGGAGAUAGGCCUUCUAUGUCAAGAGUUGUUUCCAUGUUGGACAAUGAUUCAACUCUUCCUACUCCAAAACAGCCAGCAUUUAUUUUCAAGAAAUCGAAUUAUGCGAGUUCAGAUGCUUCAACCAGUGAAGGAAUUAAUUACUCAGUUAAUGAGAUGAGUAUGACUAGGAUUGAAGCUCGCUGAAAGCCAAGGCUCUUGGAAUUGUGUGACGAAGCUUUGUAUGCUAUUGUAUGAUUCUAGUGUGUUGUGAAUUGAACAACACUUAGGUUUGCCAAAAUGUUGUCUAUGAUAACCUACAUAUUAUCCAAUUUAAAAUAGCAAUGUAAAAUCAGGGGUUAUUAGGGAGUAAGGCUAAGGCUAAUACCAGCAUUUGACUUCUUUAUGUAAAUUUCUUUUGGUCUUUGACGAGUGUAAUUAAACCUGUUUGGGAAACCGGAAUAGUCCCUCCCAACAUCUUGUUGGUACUUCUUUCUGUAAAUUAAUAGCAACACUAUUCUAAGUA